GAAGGUUUGCGCGCCGUUCGGUAUCCAGCCGGAGCCCGAGCCUCAACCCGGAGCCCCAAGCCCGGCCCUGCUCGGGCCCGCCGGGCCCGGGGCUGCGGCCGCGUCCCGGGAGCGCAGCCACACACCGUCGUCUCCAGCCAGGUGCUGUUGGGAACACAGAGGAAGUGACUGACUGGGGGUUCAGGGAAAGCCCCGUAGAAGAGGGGACACUUGAGCUGGGUCUUGAAGGAUGAGUAGAAGUUCACCAAGUGGGAAAGGACCCUCUAGGAUGGCCGAGCCUCGGUUUAACAACCCCUACUUCUGGCCCCCUCCUCCCACCAUGCCCAGCCAGCUGGACAACCUGGUCCUCAUCAACAAGAUCAAGGAGCAGCUGAUGGCCGAGAAGAUCCGGCCGCCUCACCUGCCGCCCACGUCAGCCUCGUCGCAGCAGCCGCUGCUCGUGCCACCGGCGCCCGCUGAGAGCAGCCAGGCCGUCAUGUCGCUGCCCAAGCUGCAGCAGGUGCCCGGGCUGCACCCGCAGUCCGUACCGCAGCCCGACGUGGCGCUCCACGCGCGGCCCGCCACCAGCACGGUCACAGGUCUGGGGCUUUCAUCCCGGACCCCUGCUGUGAGCACGUCUGAGUCAACCCCUGGCACGGGCACGGGCACGGGCACAGGCACCAGUACCCCAUCCACACCUACCACCACCAGCCAGAGCCGCCUCAUCGCCUCAUCCCCCACCCUCAUCUCAGGGAUCACCAGCCCCCCCCUCCUGGACUCCAUCAAGACAAUCCAGGGCCACGGCCUGCUUGGCCCUCCCAAGUCUGAACGCGGCCGCAAAAAGAUCAAGGCAGAGAACCCAGGGGGUCCCCCUGUCCUUGUUGUCCCCUACCCCAUCCUGGCCUCUGGUGAGACCGCCAAGGAGGGCAAGACGUACAGGUGUAAGGUAUGCCCGCUCACCUUUUUCACCAAGUCUGAGAUGCAGAUCCACUCCAAGUCGCACACAGAGGCCAAGCCCCACAAGUGCCCGCACUGCUCCAAGUCCUUUGCCAACGCCUCCUACCUGGCCCAGCACCUGCGCAUCCACCUGGGCGUCAAGCCCUACCACUGCUCCUACUGUGAUAAGUCCUUCCGACAGCUCUCCCACCUCCAGCAGCACACCAGAAUCCACACAGGUGACAGACCCUACAAGUGCCCACACCCUGGCUGCGAGAAGGCCUUCACUCAACUCUCCAACCUUCAGUCCCACCAGCGCCAGCACAACAAGGACAAACCCUACAAGUGUCCCAACUGCUACCGGGCCUACUCGGACUCCGCCUCCCUGCAGAUCCACCUCUCAGCCCACGCCAUCAAACACGCCAAGGCCUACUGCUGCAGCAUGUGCGGGAGGGCCUACACCUCGGAGACCUACCUGAUGAAGCACAUGUCCAAACACACGGUGGUGGAGCACCUGGUGAGCCAUCACUCGCCCCAGAGGACGGAGUCCCCCGGCAUCCCGGUGCGAAUCUCCCUCAUCUGAGCCCACCCGCGACGCUGCCCGCCCAGCCCACUGGCAGACAUAGACCCAGGUAGCACCCGGCCCGACUCUCAGCUGGGACCUCCAGGAACAGCCAAGCUCUCUCACGACCUUCCCGACCUGCCAGAAAGCUUGGUCCGCAGAAGCCUUGCCUGGUCCAGCCUCCCGCCAACUGCAAGAUUCUGGACUGUUUGGUGGCAUCCAAAGACGAUCUCAGAGCACUUUGAACCUGUCUGUUGGGUUUUCUUUUUGUUCCCUAUCCCUCACUUGCUUCACUGUUUCUUGUUUUUAAGUUUGUUUUGGAAAUAACAAACAAACAAAAAAAGGAUAUUUAUUGGCCAGAACGUUGGUGCUGCUAAGACGGAAAAAAUUAAAAAAGAACCGGACAGAUGGAUGCAGAGAACCAGAGGGCAGCGUGGGACCUUCUCUGGCCGUAGCCUCAGGUCUUGAGGGAAGUCUCAGGCUUGAGCUUCUGGACUGCAAAGGGGACGCCCAGGUGGGAGGGGCGGGAGGCAGCUGGAGUGAGCCCUUCAGCCCUGGGUGCCUAGCUUGGACCUCCUGAGUUAUGUCCCGGGCUUCACUGGACAGAACGUGUGACCUGCUUACCAGGGCUGCCUGGCUUCAGGGCAUGGAAAGAAGAGGGGCCGGAAGAGUCACAGGACCAAAGGGUGCAGUGACAGCUGGGUGACAAGCCCAAGGAAAUGGGGUAGGGGGCUGGGUGAGACCUGGCCCUCCUCUGCUGCCCUGAAGACCACCCCAGUCUACCUCGGUGCUGGCCAGGAAACCUAUCGGCUACCUCUCCCACCAUCCCAGACUGUGGGCAGGGGGAUGGGGAGGGAGUGGGCCUGGGACUAGACCCCUUCCAAAAUUCCCUCCACAUAGGGACAGUGCCCAGGGAGGGGUUGUCUUCCCUGUUAUGGAAGGGGGGAACUCCCCAGCCCAGACUCCAGGCCCUGCGGCAGGGAAGGGAUCCUCCAGAGGAGGGUCCCGGGAGCAGACCCUGCCCCCAGCCCCCCCAGACACACCCCAAACUGAAAGCCAUGCGUGUCCAUGUAUAUAGGAACCAUGUACAGAGCCCGGAGAAGCCCAUCCACAUCGCCGCCCUCCACCCCCGGGAGAAAAAAAAAAAAAAACUAGACAGAAACUCAUCUAUAUAUAUUCUGUAUCUGGAGUUCCGUUUUGAAUAUUAACUGUGUUAUUUUUAUACACUUUUUAAGCCUUAACUCGCCAUUUAUUUACCAGUUUAAUGUUUCCUGGGGUUUCUUUUCUGCUGGGUGGUCUCUGCACUCCCACCCCUUUGUUUGACUUGCGUCGUCUGAUACUCAGUAUUGUAGCUUUUCGUCCGCAUGUUACUACCCUGUAAAUAUGCUGUUAUAAUACUGUUAACACCCUUUGCUUUUUUCUAUGGGACCUCCAGGCCACCGUAUUUAGAAAUAGUUACCUUAUUAAAAAAGAGAAAACAGUC